ACGACCUUGACAAUCAAAUGUGAAAAUAAACUGUGAUCAUAAAUCAAACAAAUCACAGUUAUUAUGUAUCCAUGAAGUAGUUUUGAUUUUAAUAGUUUCAGAUAAAUUCAAGGAAUAUUUACUCUAAAUGUGUGUUUUGAUCAAUUUGUAAAGUGAAAGUAAAACCGGAAGUAGAGCAUUUACCCGCGGGAUAUUUUUUUUCAUUAUGUAAACAAACAUAUACACGUGCAGUUCUCAUUUUCGCUUUCUCUGCAUGUUGGCAGUUAGAAACUUUAAACUUAUGCAGAGUACAAGGAAAGUUCUGUAUAUUAUGAAUGACCCACAAACAUCAAAGUAUUUCAAUUCACCUAGUGUUACUAGAUCUCAACUUUUAAGGACUGGAACUAGUGGAAGCUCCCAAAAAUGCAGUAAAGAGUCAAAUGAUGUGCUUAAACGAAAAGUUAAGAAGGAGAAAGUAGAGAUCAAAUAUGAGACUGAUUUCAGUUAUGAGUAUGGAGGAGAAUUCAAGAAAGAGAAAUGGGAACCACCUACUUGGAGAGAUCAGUUGAAAAACAUACAUGAAAUGAGAAAGAACAGAGAUGCACCUGUUGAUUCCAUGGGAUGUGAUGUAAUAAGCGAUGUUACAGCUAAACCAGAGGUGUACAGAUACCAAGUCUUGUUGUCCUUGAUGUUGUCAAGUCAAACCAAAGAUCAGAUUACAUCAGCUGCAAUGUCAAGAUUACGGGAACAUGGAUGUACCAUUGACAACAUUCUAAAAACAGAUGAUAAAAAGCUUGGUGAGCUGAUUUAUCCAGUUGGAUUUUGGAAGAGAAAAGUGGAGUACAUCAAAAAGACUAGUAAAAUUCUGUUAGACCAGUACAAUGGUGAUAUUCCUAAAACAGUGGAAGACCUCUGUAAACUUACAGGUGUUGGACCAAAAAUGGCUUAUCUAGUGAUGAAAUGUGCAUGGAAUGAAAUACAAGGUAUAGGAGUGGAUACACAUGUACAUAGGAUCUCAAACAGAUUAGGAUGGCAUAAAAAACCUACAAAACAACCAGAAGAUACAAGAAAAAGCUUGGAGGAUUGGUUGCCAAGAGAAUUAUGGUCAGAGAUAAACCACUUGUUAGUUGGAUUUGGACAACAGACAUGUCUUCCUGUAUAUCCAAAGUGUUCUGUGUGCUUAAAUAAACAGAUUUGUCCAUAUGGGAGAAGUUACAAAUCUCCCAAGAAGUCACCUAAGAAACUGCCAAAGACAGAAAUCAAAAAAGAGGAACCUGUUUGAAAUGUAUAUUUUAUGUGUAAAUAAAUUGAAAAAAAG